AUGGAUCAAAAUAUUAAAAGAAUAAAAGAAAAUAUAGAAAGAGUUUGUAAUGACAGAAAGCAAAAUCUUACGAAUUUCCUAGAACAAAAGCAAAUUAUUCAAGCUGAAUUUAAUGAGAAACGUACGAAAAUUGUCCAACAUUUGGAUACUCUUGAAAAUAAAAUAUUGAGAGACUUACAAGAAGCUGAAAAAAAAAUAACAUUACAGAUCAAUAAUAUAUUGUCAGAACUUUCAAAACACAGACAAUCGGCAGAGGAAUUAGAGGUGCAUGUUUCUGCACUCAAAAAAUAUUCGCUAAAUGUUCAGUCGUUUUUAGGAUAUAGACAGAUUAAUGCUGAUAUACGAAUCGAAGAUAAAUAUGUUCAAUCAUUGCUAGAAGAUAGUAAUUUACAAUGGUUAAAUCUAGAAUGUAAACCGCAUGAGAAAAUAUUAGACGUAUGUUCGAUAGAAGUAUACGGAGAGAUUUCAUACUCGAAAACUCCGUCACGCGUCGAAUUAAUAACAGUGAACGCACGGCAUGCCCAGCUGGUUCUUCCAAAGGAAGAACCAUUACGAUGUAUUACCGACAUGAGUCUUAUACGGUACAAAAAGAUCCACAUUCCAGGUAGUAGCAGGAAGAAUGAUAUCAAAGGUUGCACAUUUACACCGAAAGGGAAAUUGGUAUUUGCAGAUCACAAUAAUGGACGUCUUGUUAUUUUAGACGAAUCUGGGUCUUUAGAAUGUGAAAUUCCCCUAUCCUCCGGUCGACCGUUCGAUGUCACAUGCAUUGAUGAAAACACGAUUGCUGUUUCCAAUGCAUAUGCAACCCAGAUAGAAGUUAUAAAUAUAUCAUCAAAGCUAAGACUAAAAGUUAUCAAAACCACUGGCGGAAGUUAUGGUAUAUCCUUCUCCGAAGGGCGAUUACUAUACUCUGAACUUGGAAAAGGUAUUCAAGUAGUUGAACUCGAUGACGGCACUCAUGGUAAACUAAUUCAGAAAGAAGAUGAAGUUCACACUUUUAACUAUGUAACAGCAUAUGAAAAUCGCAUAUACGAAACCAAUCCUGAAGCUAAUGUCGUUACAUGCAGGACUGCAUCUGGCGAGCCAUUAUGGGAAUACAAGGAUGACUCGAUUGUCAAAACUCCAUAUGGUAUCACAGUUGACAGCAAUUUAAAUGUAUACGUCGUUUCAAACGGAAAUAACAGUGUAAUCGUGAUAUCGCGGGACGGAAAACAUGCAAGACGCUUACUUGGUAAAGGUAAUGGGGUAAAUGAUCCUACAUGUAUUCAUAUUGAUAAAAACAGAAACAUUCUAAUGGUAGGCAACGUUGAUGGAAACAUAUUUUUAUAUGAUGUGACUUGA